GAUCGACUGGUGAACGGAUCUGUCUCGCGAGCGCGCUUCCCCGCGGCGAUCCCGGGUGCGGCAUGAAAGGAUGCAUACCAGAAGACCAUAUCAUGUGAAGAAUGCUGAAAAAUACUGCCUUGAAGAUGAUUUGGUCAAUCUAGAGGUUCUGGAUGAGGAUAUAAUUAUUCAUCAGUUACAGAAGCGUUAUGUAGACUUGCUGAUUUACACAUAUGUUGGGGACAUCUUAAUUGCCUUAAACCCCUUCCAAAAUCUAAGCAUAUACUCUCCACAGUUUUCCAGACUUUAUCAUGGUGUGAAACGUGCCUCGAAUCCCCCCCACAUAUUUGCAUCAGCAGAUGCUGCCUACCAAUGCAUGGUUACUUUCAGCAAGGAUCAGUGCAUUGUCAUCAGCGGUGAAAGUGGUUCUGGGAAGACAGAAAGUGCCCACCUGAUUGUUCAGCAUUUGACUUUCUUGGGAAAGGCUAAUAAUCAGACCCUGAGAGAAAAAAUUCUACAGGUCAACUCCCUAGUGGAAGCCUUUGGGAACGCGUGCACUGCCAUCAACGAUAACUCGAGCCGUUUUGGAAAAUAUCUGGAAAUGAUGUUUACACCAACCGGAGCUGUGAUGGGUGCAAGAAUUUCUGAAUAUCUCCUCGAAAAAUCCAGAGUUAUAAAACAGGCAGUAGGAGAGAAAAAUUUUCACAUAUUUUACUAUAUUUAUGCUGGCCUUUAUCACCAAAAGAAACUUUUUGAGUUCAGACUUCCUGAGGAAAAGCCUCCAAGGUACAUAGCUGAUGAAACUGGAAAGGUAAUGCAUGAUAUAACUUCUAAGGAAUCAUAUAAAAGACAAUUUGAAGCAAUUCAGCACUGCUUCAGGACUAUAGGGUUCACUGACAAGGAGGUGUACUCAGUGUACAGAAUUUUGGCUGGGAUUUUGAAUAUUGGAAACAUUGAGUUUGCAGCUAUUUCCUCUCGACAUCAAACUGAUAAAAGUGAGGUUCCCAAUUCUGAAGCUUUGGAAAAUGCUGCCUCCAUUCUCUGCAUCAGCCCAGAAGAGCUCCAGGAGGCCCUCACCUCACACUGUGUGGUCGCCCGGGGCGAGACCAUUGUCCGUGCCAACACCGUGGACAGGGCUGCCGAUGUCCGAGACGCCAUGUCAAAAGCCCUGUACGGGAGGCUCUUCAGCUGGAUUGUAAAUCGCAUCAAUAUACUCCUGCAGCCAGACAAAAAUAUAUGUAGUGUAGAAGACGGCAUGAAUGUGGGGAUCUUGGAUAUUUUUGGAUUUGAGAACUUUCAGAGAAAUUCGUUUGAACAACUCUGCAUAAACAUCGCCAAUGAGCAAAUCCAGUACUAUUUCAAUCAGCACGUUUUUGCUCUUGAGCAGAUGGAAUAUCAGAAUGAGGGCAUUGAUGCUACAUCUGUGGAGUAUGAAGACAAUCGCCCACUCUUGAACAUGUUCCUCCAGAAACCCUUGGGACUGCUUGCACUUUUGGAUGAGGAAAGUCGGUUUCCCCAAGCAACUGACCAGACGCUGGUGGAUAAAUUUGAAGAUAAUCUACGAUGCAAGUACUUCUGGAGGCCCAAAGGAGUGGAGCUUUGCUUUGGCAUUCAGCAUUACGCUGGAAAGGUAUUGUAUGAUGCUUCUGGCUUUCUUGAAAAAAACAGAGACACUCUCCCUGCUGACGUGAUUGUAGUCUUGAGAAUAUCAGAAAACGAGCUUCUUCAGCAACUCUUCUCAAUCCCUUUGACCAAAACAGGUAACUUGGCCCAAACAAGAGCCAGAAUAACAGCAUCCUCAAGGUCUUUGCCUCCUCAUUUCAGUGCUGGGAGAGCCAAGGUGGACACUCUGGAGGUGAUACGACAUCCUGAAGAAACCACCAACAUGAAGAGGCAAACCAUGGCUUCUUAUUUCCGGUAUUCCCUGAUGGAUCUGCUCUCCAAAAUGGUGAUGGGACAGCCUCACUUUGUGCGCUGCAUUAAACCCAAUGAUGAGCGAGAGGCCCUGAAGUUCUCCCGAGAGAGGGUGCUGGCCCAGCUUCGCUCCACAGGGAUCCUGGAGACCGUUAGCAUCCGCCAGCAGGGGUAUUCCCACCGCAUCCUCUUUGAGGAGUUUGUGAAAAGGUAUUAUUACUUAGCAUUCAGAGCACAUCAGACACCUCUUGCUAGCAAAGAGAACUGUAUCACUAUCUUGGAAAAAUCCAGAUUAAACCACUGGGUUCUGGGAAAAACAAAGGUUUUUCUCAGGUAUUACCAGGUAGAGCAGUUAAAUUUGCUGCUGCAAGAAGUCAUAGGCAGAGUGGUUGUGCUGCAGGCAUAUACCAAGGGAUGGCUUGGAGCCAGGAGAUAUAAAAGAGUCAGAGAGAAGAGAGAGAAGGGAGCGAUUGCCAUCCAGUCUGCCUGGAGAGGAUAUGAUGCUCGGAGAAAAUUUAAGAAAAUAAGCAACAGAAGGAGUGACUCUGCUGUUUAUAUUCAAGCAGGACACCCUUCAGAUCAAAGCAGUGAUGCACAUCAUGCUACCACAGGGAGCACCAGGGCAAGAGUUCAGUUUCAAGACUGCAGUAAGUCUGGUGACCAGCAAGUUCUAAGGGAAUCUAUAGGUUAUAAAAGCAGUCCGCAAGCAGAAUCCAAUAGUAAUCAGGCAGAGACUUCAAGCAACUAUCCAGCUGUCGCUGAGAAAAAUCGACUCUCACAAGCCCAGAGUUCUCUGAAAGGGUGUGAUGUCUUCGCAGGACAUGCAAAUAAGCACUCAUGUUCUGGGACUGAUUUGCUGUUUUAUCGGACAUGCCGUGCUGCUCCAGAUCACCAAGGCCUGAAGCCCUUGGGAGCCCCUCUAAGAUUUGGAUCAGAAAAUGGUCUUGCACAGAAGCAGCGAACACCUCGCCGACGAUGUCAGCAGCCCAAAAUGCUGAGUAGCCCUGAGGACACCAUGUACUAUAACCAGUUAAAUGGAACUCUAGAAUAUCAAGGGAGCAAGAGGAAGCCAAGAAAACUUGGCCAAAUUAAAGUGCUUGAUGGGGAAGAUGAAUAUUACAAAUCUUUAUCACCCGUGGACUCUGUCCCUGAAGAAGACAACUCAGCCCACCCCUUCUUUUUUACCUCAUCCUCAAAAGGAGAAUCUUUUGCUCAGCACUGAACUGUGCUUUCUGCCCCCAAAUCUGCCCAGCAUAAGAACAAUCAUAAUAAUUGAGAAAGUACUGAAAUGGGAUUUGAGGCAUCUCUACCAUCAGCUUCUUUGGACACACUCUGUUUCCAAGCCUGACUGAACAAUUUAUAGUUCCCUAAACAUUUUGUCAUACCUCUGUUCUAUCUCCCCCCAAAUGCUGUGCAGCCUGAGCUGGGCAAUCCCUCUUUUUUUCACCCCAUGGGUCCCUGUGAGAUGCUGAGCACACCUCCCUAUAGUAAGAACCUUCUUUCACACCCCUAACAUCUAAGAGGGCAACAAACAAUCUCACUAUAGGCCCAGUCAAGAACCCUGAUUAACACUGAUAAUAUUUCUUUGUCCUACCAAGUAAGUCACCUUUCAAUCCAUACGGAAUCUACCCUAGUGGGUAUCCAGGAGUUCCUUCCCCCUCUCCUCUCUGCCCCCCACCUUGCUUACCUUUUCUACCCUUCCCACCUUCCCCACAGGGUCAGGACUCCAUUUCUUAUCAUAGAAGAGGGCUCCCGCAGUCUCUUGGGACAGGAUAACUUCCUGUGUUUAGGUAGAUAGGCCUAAAUCAUUCAGAUUUUUUCUACAGGGCAAGAAAGCCCUCUCUUGCUAAUUAUUAUGUUAAUAAAACUUUGCCUUUUUAUUUCACCUUGCUAAGACAUUCCCAUCACCUUAGUAGUAAAGAGGAGUGAGAGGGAAAGAAAAUUUGGACCUGUAAAGAGUCUAUAUCAUGUUGUUUUGUAACUGUGGUAGAUUGAAUGAUGUCCCCUACAAAAACAUGUUCAAGUCCUAACCCCCAGUAACUGUGGAUAUGGACUCAUUUGCAAAUAGGAUUUUUAAAGAUCUUAUUUGGAUGAGGCCAAAUUGAAUCAGGGUGGGUCUUAAUCCAGUAUGACUGGAGUUCUUGUAAGGAGAGGAAAUCUAGAUAGAGACAGACAACUGGACAUGGAAGCAGAAGCCAGAGGAGGAGACAGAAUCAGACAGCUCACCUGUGAUAGAGGAUUGCUGGCAGGUAACCACUAGAAUGCUACAAACUUUGGAGAAAGUAUGAUCUACCAAUUCCUUGGUAUUGGACUUCUAGCCUCCAAAACUGUGACACAAAUUCCUGUUGUUUAAGUGUAGUUUUUGUCAUAGCAGCCCUGGCAAACAGUAACUGUCCAUUCACUGGUUUGCCAUCUCUACCAGGCUGUGAGUGCUGGAGAAGAAGGAUCUUAUCUUGUCCAGCUUUGUGUGCAGGGAGCCUAGAACAGUGUCUGGUACACAGUGGACAUCCAGCAAAUGUGGAAUGAAUAGAGAGACUUCAUUUGGGUAGACAAACCUAUUUGACAGAAAAGUUACUUUAAGUUAUAUGUUGUACAUGAUUAAUCAUUUUUCUAACAAGAUAAGCUCUGACUUUCCACUCAAGGUUAGGCUAGUCUUAUUGUAACGAUAUGUUAUAAUACUAAUUGUAAUUCAAUACAACAGACUUUUUUGGAGCAACUACUUUAUGCAAAAUAAAAUAAUACAUGAGAUUGCUGUGUGAUGUUAAAAAAAAAAAAAACGUACAAGACCCUUUCUGUAGAACAGAUGUUCUCAACAUUUUUCUUACUUUAUAAUAUGUGGCAGAUAGUAUGCAUGGGAGUACCCAGAUAUUGAGAAAAAUGAACUUGAGGAAAUAUUUUUUAAAUGUUAUCAGAAUUUUAAAGGGGAGGAUAUCAGUAAGCAUUUUACAAGCAUAAAUAAUGAAACGAUGCAUUAAAAGAUCUUAGAAAUUGUAAUUUUACAGGAAAAAGAAAUAAAAAUGGCCAAUUAUUCAAUAGUUAAACUUCAUAAAAAUGAGUCUUGAUUUUUUCCAGAUCUUCACUCCAAAGAUAAUAUUUACAAGGUAUGUAAGGAGAGCAGU